AUGCCAGCUGCAAUCCGCAACUUGCGGAAUAACCCCAACCUCCUCUUCGUUCGUCUUCCGAAUCUCCUAUCGUUUAUCUGCAUUGUCGUCGGCGUUGUCUGGCUACUUCUCCUGCCAUUGAAUGAGUACUCCCGACAAACCUACAUCUCCGAGAAUGCGCUCCUACCGGGCCAAGUCCAUGCGUAUUUCACGGGAAGCGAGCAGAACAUCUUCCGUGGUUAUAAGAAAGAAUUGGAGGGAUUGUUGAAUGAUGGACAAGCGAGAGGCGGCCAAAAAGACGAGGCGGAAGUGACAGCGGCGGUCUCGGACAAGUUGCAGUCAAUUCUGCAAGCGGCGGGCCUUAAAGUUGCCACGCAAAAAUACGAAUACACCUCCGCUGGUAUUACGCACCGGGGAGAGAACACUUACGCUAUUAUCCAUGCGCCGCGCGGUGAUGCCACGGAGGCAAUUGUGCUGGUUGCGCCAUGGAAGACGGCUGAUGAUGAGCUGAACCUGAAUGGCGUCACUCUUGCCCUGACAUUGGCGAGAUACUUCAAAAGAUGGUCAUUAUGGUCCAAGGAUAUCAUCUUCCUAAUUACCCCGGACAGCAAAACUGGAACUCAGGCUUGGAUCGAUGCCUACCAUGAUAUGCACCCGGCUUCGGUGCAGCCACUUCCUUUGAAGAGUGGAGCGUUGCAAGGAGCACUGGUCAUUGAAUACCCCUUUGAUCACAGGUUCCAGUCGCUCCAUAUUGUAUAUGAUGGAGUCAAUGGCCAACUCCCUAACCUCGACCUGUUCAACACAGCUGUGGCCAUCGCAGGCGGCCAGAUGGGUAUCGGAGCCAAUCUACAGGAAAUGUGGGGUCAUGACGAUAGCUAUGAGCAUCGUCUGCAGACCAUGUUCCGCGGUAUGACCAAGCAGGGUCUUGGGUAUGCCACUGGCGCACACAGCAGCUUCAUGCCGUACCAUAUCGACGCUAUCACUCUGCAGACCAAGGGCGAGGGAUGGGAGGACGAAAUGGCCCUGGGCCGGACGAUCGAAUCUCUUUGCCGCAGCUUGAACAACUUGCUGGAGCAUCUGCACCAAAGCUUUUUCUUCUACCUGCUCAUGCAGUCCAACCGUUUUGUCAGCAUCGGCACCUAUUUGCCCAGUGCCAUGUUGAUCGCUGGAAAUUUCACCAUCAUGGCAAUUGCCCUCUGGAUGCGCACUGGGUAUUACCCAGAAACCAAGCCGAGUGCCAACCCCAAGAACGAGAAGGCACCCACCGAAGAGAAGCCCAAGAUGAGUAGCGUCGCAGAACGACACCUUGCUUUACCACUCUCACUUGUUGUCGGACUCCAUCUACUCGGCCUUCUCCCGCUCUGGGUCUUUAAUAAUAUCUUCCACCAGUACUUCACAACUACCACCUACAUAUUCGUGGUCGUGGACAUCGUCCUUCCCCUUCUCCUCGCCGCAAUCCUCUCCAACGGCCUCGGUCUAGCAAAACCAAUCAUCCCCCAACAGUACCACCUUAUCAAAUCCUUCUCCCUCCUUCUACUAGGUCUCUCCCUCUCAACUCUCGCCACGCUCAACUUCUCCCUUUCAUUCAUGAUCGGUCUGCUCUGCGCGCCACUUAGCUUCGUCACUCGUCUGCGAGGCUCCGCGCCAUUCCGCUUGGCAACUUCCAGUCUGGGUCUGGUGCUUCUCAACCUCGUCUCCCCGCCAACUGUUCUCCUUGGCGUCUGCUGGUAUACGGGCGUGUCGGUCGAGGCUGUCCUCACCCAGGCGGCGUUCGGGUGGGAUGUUUGGGGUUAUGAUACAUGUUCACUAAUUGCCAAUAAACAUGGCAUCACCGAGGCCGACAUCGAAAAAUUCAAUAAAGACACUUGGGCAUGGCUCGGAUGCAAACAACUAUACCAGGGCGACUUUAUCUGUCUCAGCUCUGGGAAACCUCCAAUGCCAAUGGCCCUUCCUCAAGCAACCUGCGGUCCACAAGUACCUGGAACAGUACGACCGGCUAAAUGGGCCGACCUCGCCGGUUUGAACCCGUGUGCUUCACCUAAAUGCUGUGCUUUCUGGGGUCAAUGCGGUGUCACCGAACUAUAUUGCCAAAAAGCAGGUUACCGUGCACCUCCUGCUGGUCCCACAGCCACCGUGAAAGGAGCAACAGAGGCUCCGAAAUCCCUCCCUACCAAAACAAGCGCAGCCGGGAAGUCCACUGGUACUAGUGCGAAGUCACAAUCUACCUCCAAAUUCACCUCCAAGUCCAAGUCCACUACCAAGGCCGGCACGCUCGAUGUCACAACGGUAACCUACAAACCAACUAGCACAAAAACCACAAAGAAAUGGACACCUGAACCAACUGUAUCGCAAUACCCCUGGACAGCACCUUGGGAGAUCACAAUGUACAGCGAAAGGAACUGCGAGGGCGACUAUUACCACCUCGAGGGGUAUAACAAAAAAUUCCUCGAUGACAAAGGCUGCUUGGCUGUCCGCGGAGGUCUCAAUAGCCAGUAUACUGAGACGGGGGUUACGUGUAAAUGGUGGACUGACAAUGGGUUUACGUGGAAAAGUUGUGACGCGGGCACACUUAAGAAACCUGAGUCGUGGGUUCUCAAGAAUGGGUAUUGCUCAGUCUUCAGUACGGAUGAUUGUGAUUGCUCUGAUGGUUGGAAGACGUAUCAUCAACCUCAAGGAUGUUAUAAUGCGACGGAGAAAGUUUGGACGCCUCAAUGGGAGUCUUUGCAGUGUUCGAUUGAUGGAUACUAG